CAGGGCUCAGCCCCAGCGCUCGCUCAGCCGCCGGGAGCGCCCGGAGCGACGGGAGGCAGCGCGCGGCCCCGAGCCGGCCGGGUCCCCAGCCGCCAUGGAUAGCGACGAGGAGAUAGUGGAGGAGGCUGUGGAAGGGCACCUGGACGAUGAUGGAUUACCCCACGGGUUCUGCACGGUCACCUACUCCUCCACAGACAGAUUCGAGGGCAGCUUCAUUCACGGAGAGAAGAACGGACGUGGGAAGUUCUUCUUCUUCGACGGCAGCACCCUGGAGGGGUACUAUGUGGACGAUGCUCUGCAGGGCCAGGGCAUCUACACCUACGAGGACGGCGGAAUCCUCCAGGGCAUCUACGUAGACGGGGAGCUGAAUGGGCCGGCUCAGGAGUACGACUCGGAUGGGAGGCUGAUCUUCAAGGGCCAGUACAAGGAUAACAUUCGGCAUGGAGUGUGCUGGAUCUAUUACCCAGAUGGCGGCAGCCUUGUGGGAGAAGUCAACGAAGAGGGCGAGAUGACGGGAGAGAAGAUAGCGUACGUGUACCCUGAUGGGAAAACUGCACUCUAUGGGAAAUUCAUUGACGGAGAGAUGACCGAAGGCAAACUGGCCACCCUGAUGGCCAUCGAGGAAGGGAGACCUCAGUUUGAAAUGGUGCCCGGAAGUCCCGUGUACCACUUUGAUAAGUCGACUUCAUCUUGCAUCUCUACCAGCGCCCUUCUGCCAGACCCUUAUGAAGCUGAGAGGGUGUAUGUUUCUGAGUCUCUCAUUCCCAAUGCUGGGGAAGGACUGUUUUCCAAGGUGGCCAUGGAACCUAACACUGUUGUGUCUUUUUACAAUGGAGUCCGAAUUACACACCAGGAGGUUGACAACAGGGAUUGGGCCCUGAAUGGGAACACCCUGUCCCUGGACGAGGACACAGUCAUUGAUGUGCCUGAGCCCUACAACCGCGUGUCCAAGUACUGUGCCUCCUUGGGACACAAGGCGAAUCACUGCUUCACUCCAAACUGCGUCUACGACAUGUUUGUCCACCCCCGUUUUGGGCCCAUCAAAAGCAUCCGCACCUUGCGAGCUGUGGAGGCCGACGAGGAGCUCACCGUUGCCUAUGGCUAUGAUCACAGCCCCCCAGGGAAGAAUGCGCCCGAAGCCCCCGAGUGGUACCUGCUGGAGCUGAAGGCCUUCCAGGCCGCCCAGCAGAAGUGAAAGGCCUGGCCGGGGCUCCACACAGCUGGAACGGAAACUCGGAUCUAUGCACUCCAUUCACCCGCUGACGGGGCAACCAGGGACUGCUCGUGCUGUGACGUCACUUCCUCUCACCUGCUCGCGUACUAACAGGUCUGACUGCGUUACUCAUACCGGAUGUACAAUUAGCUAGCCUUGCAAUCUCGGCCUGCCAGGAGGCGUUGUUGAGCCCUGGACACAGACAGCGUGAUGUUCUCUGGUGAUUUGCAUCUAAUCUGUACCGCAUUCAGAGAUGCCAAAUGACAGACUGAAAAAGGGAAAUGGGCUUUUCCGUCAUUUUUCAUCGGUGGUUUUUCCAUGAUGAUUUUCCUAUGGCCGUUGCAAACUGGGCUAUCACACUUGCAUAUGGGCCGUCUCGGGGCAGAGAACUACUACAUCUUUAUUCUCUAAGUAUAGUAUAAUUUGCCUUUUAACCUUUGAUCUGUAUCUUGCAAUAGAAUGGCUUUGUUUUUUCGUCAGUGAACACAAAUUCACUUUCGAGUCAUUUCGUCGAUCCUGUUCCCUACCUUAGGUAUCUUGUACAAGAGAAAACCUCCCCAUGGAUUCUCCAUCUGUGGCACUGUGAGGCCUCUCCGGUUCUUUCUAUCUCAUUAUUUCAUUAUUGUGUCCUAAGAUACAGUACUGGCUCCUAGGGCCGGCAUAUUAUUGUAGAACUAUUAUUCUCGCAUGUAAACAAAGGUACCUUUGCUUUCCUAUGUGAGAAGAAAUGAAUUUCCUUUGUCUGCAUUAAGUUAUGGAAGAGUUGUAAUAUAUACCUGAAGAAAGAAGAGAGGAAAAUUAGUAUUUCUCAGCAGUCACUGUGGCAAUUUUGCAGUAUCUUCAAUAGUGCUAGUAACUUCUUCCCCUUGGAUACACUUUAAAUGUACAUAACCUAGCGCGGUCCAGCUUGUUUGCCUGCAGUGCAUUGAAUUCACAAGUCAGAUAGCAAACUGAAUUCUAGUGCAGAAUGCAAAAAUUUCUGUUAAAUCAAUACCAUAAAGGCAAACAUACUGAUCACUAGGUACAAAUCAAACCUUAAUGCUGACACUCUUCAUCAUUGUAAUUUCAGAGUACUUACCUGCGCAGAGCAUUGUAAGCUAAACGUUCACACCUGCAUAGUUUAAGAGCAACAGCACAGGUAGCAUUUCAGCCAUUUUGCAAGCCAUGUAGAAUCACAGCUGCAGAAUAAGGAGAAAACCCCUGUUUUUAGUUUAGCAUACUAGGUCGUGACAUCACUGGGAUUGCUCUGAAUGAGUUCUGAGAUUUGGGGGUUUUCAUGAGCACCCUCACCACAGCCCAUGGUUUUUGUCUUCUCACCUCACCACUUGUGCAUGAGGGCCAGAAGCUCUGGGGGCAGCGUUUGCUCUGCGCUGCAGCUGUUGGCAGUGCCACGUGUCGCCUGUGUCAAUUUGCUCGUGAAAGCAAAAGCCUUCCCCGCGGCAGCAGAGCAGACGGUGGAGAGGGCCUGCUGGGAGCGGGAAAGAGAACAAGCCAGGCAGAGGGAAGCGUGCCAUUUCUCGGUUGCCCACUGCUCUUAAAAGGCUUUCUGAGGAAAGUGCUGGAUCGAUCCAGGGCUGCUCAAAGCUUCCAGACCAGAUUCAGUCCUCUGGGCCCUGACUGUGCCACCCUCGCCUGCUUCCAAGGCCAUCCUUCCAGGACUCCCUGACCGUGUGCUCUGGAGCUGGGUGGCGGUCAGAUCCCCGCCUGAAAGCUUAAGGGGAUCGUCUGCCCGGGAAAGGAAGUUGUCAGGGCUUCCGGACAGAUCUCCCACAAAAGGAACUCAAUAGAGUAUUGGGAUUAAAAGGCACCAGGAUAGGAUCGCUCCUAUUCUGUAGAAAGAGACCGCUCUGUAAACUGUGACAGAUAGGGGUUGUCUCCAGGUGUAGGUUCCAAUAGGUGCUGUCAGUGUGUCCCAAAGUGAAUGACCGUCAUCCCCCUCAGCUGAGCAGUGGCACCAGCUCAACAGCAUCACAACCACAACUGAGAUGUGGCAGAUUCCCAGUGGUGGGGAACAAACAGAUGACUUUAUGCUGUCCCCCAGAAGAGCCAGAGCCUGGGCUCCAGUGGACUCCUACAGAGCUGUCCCAGUCCGACCCCUGCAUGACUAGAUCUUUCCUUAGCAUCUUUUCUAUGAUGAAAUAUUAUCUUGUGUUAGAGUUAGGAAUAGGAACUAAAUGGCAAGAGCAUGUCCCCAGAUGGGCUUUCGUAGGGACUAACAGAACAACUGAAGGGACUGAAUUUCUGACAAAAAUGAAUGAAAAAUUAAAAGGCAAUAGGCGAUGAGGAGGACUUGGGUCUUGUAGUACCUAUUCUUAUUUUAACCUGCUUCAUCCCUGGGCUCCCUGAGCAACGAAAAAGGAAAUUCCUUUUUUAAGACCUUUUUGAACCCCUCCGGGGCCAGAGUUAAACUCUUUGUCCUCCGGAGUUCACCACACUUGAGUAACUAUUUCCUUAUCACCAAAAAACUAAAAAGCACCAACACGGCCAAAUGUAACCAUCUGGGACGUUGAAUUGUGACAAUUAAACUGCACUGGGCUGGGACAUAACCAGUGGCAGCACACUCACCUUGCAGGCAUCAGGCCCUAGGUUUGAACUCCAGCAGCACAAGUAAAAUAAAAUUGCAUUAAUUGUGAACAGUGAGUAAAGGGUUGUCUUAGUGAGACAGUAUGUGGCACAUUUAGUAACUGUCAUUUAAAAAAAAAUAAAACUUUAAACCACUCACUGCAAAAUGCAUUUAAAAUCUUUGAAGAAGAUAGAGUUCUCUACUUUUAUCAGUUGCCUCAAGUUUCUGUCUUGAGUAGUGAUUUAGAAUCCAGACAUCUUUUGUUUUAGAAAAACAAGCAAAACUAUGUUGCAAGACGGAUAGUUAUAAUGUUUAUUUGCCACAGAUCAAAGGUUCAUAAAAUAUAUUAAAUUUAUAUCUACUUGAGGUAAACCUGGAUAGAUUUUUUUUUUCUCGGAUUUUUUUUCCCCUUGAGAAAUUUGAAGCCGCGAUGUCAGGUUUUGUUUUUAAUUUUUUUUUUUUGGUACCGGGGAUCCAACUCGGGGCCUUGCACUUGCAAAGUAGGCAGCGGAACCACUGAGCUAAAUCCCUGGCUUUAAUUUUUAAAAUACUAAAUUUUCAAACUUUUCUUUGGCCAAAUUGUGUGCGUACAUAUACAGAGCAAUCAAACUAUUUCAAGCCAUACAAACCACAGGGGUGGAAAUCCUUUUCACAAAUUUUAAUGUGUUUGUAUGUAAAUAGAUGUUUGUAUGAAAUAUUUUCAUGGUAGAAUGAAUAUAUUUAAAUGAAGUUGAAUUACUCCAGUGCUAUUUAAACACAUCACAAAAAUUUUUGGUGAGAAUUCUCUGAGUCUAUUGAGAUACAAUGCAGAUCAAUUCUGAUUUUUAAAAAUCAAAGCCUACAAGUCCCUCUGACUGGUGGCAAUCCCGGUGGAGAGAGCGUAGGCUUCCCCAGUGCCUCAGCCGCUUCCCGGUAGUCAGCUCGGUGCUAACGGAGGCGCGCGCUCGCCUUUCUGGAUCUCCCCAAGGCCCGGGGCCUGGGAGUGGAUCCGAGGCGUGCGAGACCCGGUGCAGUUAUCCGGAGCACAAUUUCUUUGCAGGGCAGCAGAAUCAGAAGCCAGACUUGGCCGUGACCCUUGGAGCUGGGUCCCCGGCCACCAUCACCUGCCACCCUCCUGCCCAGCCAUGCGGCAGGGAGGCUGCCCUCGGUGGAGUGGGGGUCCAGACCUGGGGGGGACUUAACGGUCUUGCCAGCCACCUCUGCCCACCACCCUCUGCCUCCAGAGAGGGGGAAGGAGGAGCAGCUGCUUGCUGUCCAGGGCCCGCCCUCAGCACACUUCCUGUCUCUGCUCUGGAUGACCACGCACCUAGGCACCUGACUUCCAACCAGAGAGAGAGAGACGUCCUCGGGUCCCAGAGCCCCGCUGCCUCUGCCAGUGACUGGACACACAGCCUGAAGUCAUUUGAACACCAUCGCGUCCCUACGACAUACCUCCCAACUCUCCUGACUUGUGUUCUUGGGAAAAAAAAAAAGUUCCUUUCUAAUGAUAUUUGACUUGAGCAAGUUGUUUUGUUUUGUUUUUUUCACUUUGGUCCUGGAUAUAAUGAAAUGGUGAAUAUGAUGACAGAUUUUCACUGUGUAUUCUAGCAAUAUGAACACACACGCCAGUGUAUCCUAAGCAACCUAGGCGGUUACAUUUUGGGUAACACUAGAAUUAAUCUUGAUUUGCGUAUGGAGAAACUACAGGAACCACGGAAUGGCUGCUUAUCACACAAGAAAGUUACGUCCAUGAUUCGAAGCUCCCUACCACAAGUUCUUCCUCCUGGGUUUUCUGUGUUCUUUUUAUCCUGCAAUGCAUUUACUGGGUUGAGAGGUUACGUUUCAGGAGUGGAAGCCAGGGUUCCGCUUUCGGCAUUCAUUAGAACCAAAAGUGAACCCUGACAGAGUCAACAAGCAUCCUUGGUCUUUUGUGGAAUUUGAGCUAAAUCUAUGAGCCUUAUUCAAUAUCUAUAAGUCUAUGAUUUUUUUAAUUAUGGGAAAUUAAUGGAAGACGUUUACAUGAGUGAUGUUUGCCCUUACUGUGUUAUGAAUGAAUUUUUUGUAGUGUGUCUGGGUGCAUGUGCAAGAGAGUAGGAAAAAUGUUUCUGAAACAAAACUUGACAAAUAUUUGUAAUGAAAAGUAAAUUUAAAGAUUGCUAUAAUUGCGCUCUAGAAACAAUGCGAGUAUUAAACAAAAUACACAAUCA